UCUAGAUUAAAAAAAAACCCAAAAACUUGUUGAGUCUUGUAUUGCAGCUGUGCCAGAUCGAGAUCGAUCCUUCGCCGAGGCUUCGGACGCCUGCAUGCAACAGAAUUUUAGCAAUGGCACCAGCAAAGUGCGUAACCUGCCAGAAGGACAACAAAACCAGGCUGCUAUCUUGCCUGCAUGUCCUUUGUAUGACGUGCCUGGAGGAGAAUACAAGAGAAGACGACUCAGCGGUGGGCAUCAGCUGCCCUGCUUGCAGGAAAAGAACGCCACUCACGGCAGGAUGGUCACCAGGGCUUUCUUUACCCAGCGCCUAUCCAAAGCAGUUGGCUUGCGAAGCUGGCUCGCGAUCCGGAUCAGCUACAGUUGCGUUGCUGUGCGAGGAGUGCGGAGAUGACGAGAUCGCGGAGUUCGUGUGCGAAGAAUGUGACUGCAUGCUAUGUACCGCUCAUGCCGAAGUGCACCCGCGCACGCGCGCGACAUUCAAGCACAAAGUCACUGGUAUUCAUGACUCGAACUCGAAGCUAUCCGAGGGCAACACACCUGCGGACGAUGAUGGAGCUGAAGAUGAAGCUGGUCAAACCAGCGGAAACGCUUUAGCCCCACAGGGGCAUAACAAGCAUCGCUGUUCUAUUCAUCCGUCCAAGUCGGUGAGUCACUUCUGCUUCCCUUGCAAUAAGCUGCUGUGUGCUGUUUGUAUGCAGCAAGGAGUACACACGAUUGACAGCCACGCUCAAGAAAAUGGAGCUCAGGGGAGGCUGACUGAGCAUGCACCGCGCCCCAUCCAGGAGGCAGCAGGCGAAUCCAAAGAGAAGUUGCUUGAAAAUCUGUUGAGCACUGUUGACGGGCGAUGGACGAAAGCAAUUGCCAACGUUAGAACAAGUAUGCAAACUCUUCAUGAGCAAACAGAGAGUGCCUCUGAGCAGGCUGUUGAGUUCUAUGACACGUUGAGGGAAGAGAUCACCAAACGCCAAACGAGAGUUCUGGCUGAGCUGGACGAACGGCGUACAACUAAGCUGCAGCCGUUGGAAAAGCAACUAUCCACACUCCUGGAGGCUGUCAAGCAUGGUGAGAGGAUAACGGAGAUUGUCAACUCGUGUGACGACAACACGGACUUUCUUAAAAUGAGCAACUGGCUGGAUAGCACCGUUGAUGAUGCCAAGCGCUCGACGCAAGACUACUUGCAACCGUGUGUGUCCAGUGCAAUCACAUUUGCUCCAACAGAUGUCGAGGAUCUGUUCACCGAGAUUAUUCGGGCUGGCUAUACACUGGAUCUUGCAGAUGGUCGCUUGGAGUGUAGCAAUCUGCGAUAUCUGGGAGAGGACGCCACCGUCACUAUUCAGCCAAAAUGUUCUCCGGAAACAAAGCUUCAACUGACUCCAGAGCGAAUUCACCAACAUAGAAUCAAUGUGAUUGCUGCUCUAGAAGGUGAAAAUGAUGAUGAUGAUGGCGAUAAGUUUAAGUCAUGGACUGAAUAUGCUGUGACCCGCAUUGAUAACGACGGUACAGUCCACUUUGCAUUCACUCCUCAACAAGCCGGCCUCCAUUGGAUCUUCAGUAGAAUCCAUGAUGUGUUCCUGCGCAAACGUUCAGUGUCAGCGCAUAUCUGUGAGCGUGCAGUAUUUGAUGCUAACCGCUGCUACCACUCUAUUCACAUCAGCAAUGAUGGACACACUGCAAGACAGACCCAGGCAAUUGUACAUCAACAGUUUGGCACCUCAAAAGCAGUAUGCACUGGGAAAGUGGCAGAAAAGACUGGUAUCAGCUAUUUCAGAGUUCAAAUUGCUCAGACCCGAGAAGCGUAUAUCUUUCUAUGCGUAUGUUCUGCCGAAUCGCCAGAGCUUGGUUCUAUUCACGCAGACCAUGCCCAAGUGUUUGGCUGGUAUGGAAAGGGUUCAGGCAGCAAUUACCAAAAGCGGAACGGCGGUGCACUUGGUCAAAGGUGGAAAGCCAGAGAUCAGAUCACGCUAGCUCUCGACCAUGAUAAGCACACCCUCACCGGCACACAUCACCGCACUGGCGUCAGUGAAGUGCUGCACGACAUCCCCACCACUGGCACCCUGCGCUGGUACGUCACUCUGUACGACACAGGCGAUCAGAUCACUAUCGUGUGAACACACAGCACGAUUGACGGCUUGCCCAUCGCCGCGCACCCGUUUGCUGUUUCGGCAUGUGCAAGAAACGUUCCCCCGGUCGCGAUUACCCUCUCUUAUUGUGUGGAUAUGUCCCUCGACAUGCAGAUCUCGUAGCAUCCAGCCUGUCCCAGAUCAAGUCGCCUAAAUGGGGCACUAUGACAUAUCGCUGCUAGUUCUAGAAUACACGACAAUUGACAGACAUGAUGUCAUUACAUGCAAGAUGAUGCGCAUAUCCACCACAUCCACUGUACAUGUAUGAGCUGUGGGUAGCCGUUGCUAGUUGCUAUCUAGGCGAGAAGAGAGACGUGACUAUUCAUUUUUUUAUUUAUUUUUAUUCACAAAAUUAAAAGACACCAAUGUUUCUCGAGUCUGGCACUUGCUCAACGCUGGAAGACAUACAUAUACGCUGAGGUUCAGCUCUGUGUGGGUCAUGCGGGCUCACAGACAUAGCAUUUUGUAUUGGCGUACUGUAGCAUAAACAAAUAUGUAUUCCAGAUUUAGACUAUUUCCACUUGAUCUUUUCCAAGUCCACCCAUAGUUUGGGGAUUUGAGGAGGUGUCGGCCGUUGGGCGGUUCAAUAGCCAAUUGAGUCAUCUUUCCAAAAUGCAUUUUGAGUCUUUCUCCCCUCUCCCGGGGAGACCCAC